AAAACCUGCUGGGUGUCUGUCCGUCGGAAAGUGAACUGUGUGUUUGGCGUGCUACUGCUACUGUCGGAGUUUUCCCCCUGUUGUCUGUCUUUCGUUAAGUGUUUUCGUCGUUUUUUUUUACUUCACUCGUAAGCUUCUACCUUUCUAAUUUAGAAACCCAGUCCUGUCGCCGAUUUAUGGGCUGUUUUAGAAAAGUUCCUGAAGUGCUCUUUGAGGAACCGGUGGACGGCGGACACCACCGGAGAUGGAUAAGCUAACCGAUAGCUGAGUUGUUAGCCGAGAAUCACAGGUCAAGAAUAGGAUCAAGCUAGCAUGCUAACAGCUAGCUAACUUAGCAUUUAAUCAGCUAACCAAGUGACUUUGUUAACCUGUAACGUCAGAACUACUGCCUGUUGUAUCUCGGGCCUGGCUGCUACACCGUGAACACCGGAGGCCAGCUAACCCAGAAAGAACACUCGUUCUGUAAUUAUAAGGAAAAAUACAGAAGUGUUGUUAAGAAGUGGCUGUUGUUCGCCUCUCAGCCCAAACCAAAAGCAUGCUAUCCAACGCACAGAACCAGCCACUGUUUCCCAACCCGGCGGGGCAGCAGAACCCGGGCCAGUUCCUCCCAUUCAACGCGAGACCCUCCUUACAGAUCAAGAAGAAUGCCAUCACAGACGACUACAAGGUGACCAGCCAGGUGCUGGGGCUGGGCAUCAAUGGCAAGGUGCUUGAAAUCUUCCAAAAGAAGACUGGAGACAAGUAUGCGCUGAAGAUGCUGCAGGAUUGUGCCAAGGCCCGCAGAGAAGUGGAGCUCCACUGGAGGGCGUCACCUUGUGCCAAUAUCGUGCGCAUCAUUGAUGUCUACGAGAACCUCUAUCAGGCCAGGAAGUGCCUGCUUAUUGUCAUGGAGUGCAUGGAUGGUGGUGAGCUUUUCAGUCGAAUCCAGGACAGAGGAGACCAGGCCUUCACAGAGAGAGAGGCUUCUGACAUCAUGAAGAGCAUAGGAGAGGCCAUCCAAUUCCUGCAUGCAAUCAACAUUGCCCACAGAGAUGUCAAGCCAGAGAAUCUGCUGUAUUCUACCAAGAGGCCCAAUGCCCUGCUCAAACUCACAGAUUUUGGCUUUGCCAAGGAAACCACUUCACACAACUCUUUAGCUACUCCCUGCUACACACCCUACUAUGUUGCUCCAGAAGUUCUGGGCCCAGAGAAAUAUGACAAGUCCUGUGACAUGUGGUCGUUGGGUGUGAUUAUGUAUAUCCUCUUGUGUGGAUACCCUCCUUUUUAUUCUAACCAUGGUCUAGCCAUCUCCCCUGGGAUGAAGAAGAGGAUCAGGAUGGGCCAGUAUGAGUUUCCCAACCCUGAAUGGUCUGAUGUGUCAGAGGAAGCUAAACAGCUGAUUAGGACCCUCCUCAAGACUGAGCCAACGCAAAGGAUGACCAUCACAGAGUUCAUGAAUCACCCGUGGAUCAAUCAGUCGAUGGAAGUUCCCCAAACCCCACUUCACACCAGCCGGGUCCUAAAGGAAGAGAAGGACGCUUGGGAGGAUGUCAAGGAGGAAAUGACCAGUGCCUUGGCAACAAUGAGGGUGGACUACGAGCAAAUCAAGAUCAAGACCAUUGAGGACUCGAAAAACCCACUGCUAACGAAACGGAGAAAUAAAGCCAGUAACCCCAUGCAGGACCCCCAGUCUGCUGCCCACUGAAAGAUGCACGCAUGCAUGCACAUACAGACACAGGUUGUAAAAAGGAAGCAAUAAUUUGUCGACAUGUGAGUGCAUGGAUUAUCUCAGUGUUUUAUUUUUUCAUGGCAAAUUCUAAUGUUUUGUAGGAGUGUUUGUUUUUAUUACUCUACCAUUUUAACAAAACCCACCACUCUGCUCUGGCAGAGAGGAUGUUUAUCUGUAUUUUGACACCAGUAAAGAGAUUAUGAAAUAUAGAAAAGGAGAGGAGAGGGAAUCGGUGAGUUCUCUCGCCUCUCCUUUCCCAAAUAUCAGGUUGUGUACUCGGAGGGGCUUGAAUGUUGGGAUAUGACAUGAAGCCUUAGCAUUAGCAGUAGUUCUCUUUUACCCAGCAGCCCUCGUUCAGCUCUUGCCCCAAACCUGUGAAUGUUAAAUCCAAUGGCUAAAUCCCAAAAAGAAAAGCAAGGGAAGGUUUCUUUUACAUCGUAAAUGCAACGUUAGCAGAUGUAUUUUGAACUGACAAGUGGAAUGUAAGGACUCUGUCCCUGACAGUUCAGAUUAGCUUGAAAUAGUCACUUAUUUCUGGGACUUGAAGUGGGAGUGUCCGUCAGGUUCAGUUUGUCUUUGUGAAUGUCAUGAGGCCUAUGCACUCACAACGGUCGUGUGCCAUUCUGACAGAGCACCUCACUCGUGGCCCCGCUCUCCUACCUUAAUCUACGCUUGUUUUUCAGGUACAUAGUUUAUAAGGCAGAGAAGGAUGCAACGUUUAGGACAGAAACCGGCCCGACUUUUCUGCCACAUGUAGCUCAUAGGAGAGAAGGAGCAAACCAAUACUGUAUUUUUUCAUGGAUUUUAUGGACAUAUUAGCAUAGGCCUUACUAUCUAAAGCAGCAAAUUACUUUUAACCCCUACCUACCAUUUGGUUCAGGCUUUUACCAAUGUUAUGCUUCCCAAUUUAUAACAUUGCAGAUGAUA